UCAGCCAGUGGCAGGGCGAGUCCAAGGAGCGCGUCAUCUCGCUGGUCCUCACCCACCUGCCGCUGCUCAAACCCGGCAACGUGGAGGCCAAAGGCGAGUACAUGCGCCUGCUGCCGCGCAUCCUGGCGCACACCAUCGAGCACGGCCGCCACCUGGAGGAGUCCCGCCAGCUCCUCUCCUACGCCCUCAUCCACCCUGCCACCUCGCUGGAGGACCGCUCCGCCCUGGCGCUCUGGCUCAACCACCUGGAGGAGAGGGCGGCGGCUCGGGGAGACUCGCUGGAGAGGCCUCCUCUCUCUGGGGGGCAGCAGCAGCAGCAGCACCACCACCACCACCAGCAGUCCACGCCUCCCUCCAUUCCUCCCCUCCUCGGGCUCCUCCUCCUCCACCAACACCUCGUCGUCGGGCAACCCCUACUCCUUGCACCUCCACCAGCGCUACGGCUCGGACGACCGGCUCAACGGCUGGCAGAGCGCCAGGGACUCGGGGCCGGGGGGCUGGCAGCAGCAGCAGGGCUGUGAGAACGGGCACCUCCUGCUCUACCCGUCCUCCUCCGUGCCGACAACCAUCAACGCCGUGGGAACCGGUGGAGCCCCGCCGAGUGGAGGCGGCAGCCAGCAGCACAGUCCCCUGAAGCGCUCCGUGUCGCUCACGCCUCCCAUGAGCGGCCCUAGCAACCAGCCGCUGGGCCCCGUCUGGCUGUCCCAGGAGGACCUGCGGGCCGCCAGGGGUCCGGCCCCGGACCACGCGCCCCUCUCGCCCCAGAGCAGCAUCGCCUCUUCGGGCAGCGGCGGCAGCGAGCACCUGGAGGAGGCCGGCUUGGGAGGCGGCUCGGGCCUCCAUCGCAGCUCCUUCCACGACGACGGCAGCGGCAUGAGGGAUGUUCCUGCCUGGCUGAAGAGUCUCCGUCUCCAUAAGUACGCCGCUCUCUUCUCCACCAUGACCUACGACGAGAUGAUGUCGCUGACCGAAGAACAGCUGGAGAAGGUCACCAAAGGAGCGCGACACAAGAUUGUCAUCAGCAUCCUGAAGCUCAAAGAGCGGCAGAACCUGCUGCGCAGCUUGGAAAAGGACGUGUUGGAGGGCAGUAACCUGCGCACUCCGCUGCAGGAGCUCCACCAGAUGAUCGCGACGCCCAUCAAGGCCUUCGGCGGCGGCGAGGGGGCCUCCCUGCAGCGCUCCCUGCUGGGCCACGAGGGCAAAAGCGCGGCACCCGGCGCCCACCUGACCGGGGUGGGCGGAGGGGAGGCGGAGUCGGGCGGCAGCAUCAUCGCCGAAGGGGAUCUACCCGGCCAGUUCACUCGCGUCAUGGGCAAAGUUUGUACCCAGCUGCUGGUGUCCAGGUCAGACGAGGACAACAUCAGCUCCUACCUGCAGCUCAUCGACAAGUGCCUUGUCCACGAGUCCUUCACCGAGGCGCAGAAGAAGAGGCUGUUGUCAUGGAAACAACAGGUCCAGAGGCUGUUCCGGUCCAUUCCAAGGAAAACCAUCCUCGACUUAGCGGGGUACCGAUCGCAGAGGAGCCGGUUCGGCCAGUCCAACUCCCUCCCCACCGCUGGCUGUGUCGGGGGCGGCGUGUCGGCCCGGAGGAGCCUUCGUCAGUUCCAGAUGCCCUCCAGGAGUCUGCCCGGCGCCCGCCCCCUGCUGGGCAGCGGGGGGCUGCUGGGGCCGACGCCUCGCAGCUCCAGCAGCAUCCCCACGGGCCCCAAGCAGGGGAGACAGGGCCUCUGGUUCGCUAACCCCGGAGGAAGCAACAGCAUGCCGAGCCGGACGCACAGCUCGGUGCAGAGGACCCGCUCCCUGCCGGUCCACACCACGCCACAAACCAUGGUCAUGUUCCAUCACGCCGAUCUCCAGCUGCCGGUGACGGAGCCGGACAUCAACAACCGCCUGGAGUCUCUGUGUCUGAGUAUGACGGAGCACGCCUUGGGAGACGGCGCCGACCGCACAUCAACCAUAUGAGUGGAGGACGUGAGUGAGGCGGCGCUGGUUCAGGAGGUUCUCUCUCUCCACCGGCCCUUCUGAUACCCCCCCACCCCACCCUCAUCCCCCUCACCCCCCUCCCCCCUCAACCAGAGAGAGAUACGACCGACGUAAACACACCUCCUGCUGCCGUGUGCCAACGGGCCAGCAGAAAGGAGUCGCCAGGCCAUGGAUCAGGGUGCCCCCUACACCAUCAUCAACCCCCCCCGCACAUGGACCACAGGUCGCGGGGUCCUUCAGGCCCGUUACUGUACCUCAGACCCCAAAACGAGCCAGAAGGACGUUUGUCCGAGAGGAACGAGCUCCCGGUCAGGAUCCUCUCACCAAGGAUCCAAAAAGAAACAGAAGUCCUGUAUUUGUGUUGUGUGUAUUUAUUGUUUACAUAAUGAUGCUACUUUCAAAAGGGUACAGAAACGAAUUUCAGGUUAUGAGUCGUGUCAUAUUUGGCCGCCCACCAGCUUUACGUCCCGCGAGUAGCCGCCGUGCUAGUUUACAACAAACGUGCUCAUCCUUUAUUUUCACAGCCAGCAGAGAAAGACGUUGGCUUGGAGAGACGAGGAGGAUGUGGAGGAGGAUGUGGAGGAGGAGGAGGAGGAGGAGGAGGACAUGUGUGAGGAGGGCUGAGAGGAAGAGGUUAAGAAGGACACAGGAAGUGGCAGAAGAAAGAAAGGCGCUGAGGCGACACUGGAAAGGGAAGCGGAUGUUUUAAACAGAAAGACGUUGGGGGCGGGACCUCCGAUUGGACGAAGGUGAUUGAGGAUGAUGAUGUCAUGUGGUCGAGUGUAGGAGGACGCGAGUUGGUCUCCGGUCCGUCACGCAUUGUUGAUGGACUAUGAACUCUUUGACGGCACCGUGCGCUCAAAGUGUGUUUGUGUGUUUUUUUUUACACGCGUGUGGGAGAUUAAUGUCCACGCGUUGGACGCAGGGUUCAGUCUUCUUCUUCUUCUUCUGGAGGAGCUGCGUCUCUCACAAGCCGCUCGUCAGAUGUGAGAACUGUCGCGUCGCGUCGCCCCGUCAGUCCAUGAAGGGUCUCUUUGGUUUCCCCAGAGACGCCUCGGUGGCGCCCGUCGCCCCUGCUGGCCGAACGCGCUCACUGCAGGUCGAUAUCACAGCGGCUCAAGUGGGAUUUACUCUUUCUUUCUUUUAUUCUUAACCUCACGGUUACUCUUUGCCUUAAUAUUUAUCCUCACUUUAUUGUGACUUUAUUAAGAAAAAAUAUAAGGGAAUAAGCUGGUUAGGACCCCCCCCCCCCCUUAGCGCCGCGAGUCCUGAUUGAUUGAUCAUUAUUAUUAUUGUCUAGUUUCUUUCAUUAGUUUGCUGCAAUUCCGUAGUGAACGUCCUCUUGUGUCCCUCACGUGAUACAGUGCGGGACACAAGCGGCGGGCGGCCAUGUUGGAUCCCGAUGCUCUAAAAGUCUAAUAUUUAUACUUUUACAACCUUUCAGGUUCAUUUUUGUUAUUUAAAUGAAGCGGUGGUUUCUGUAAAGAUCUGCAGACCUACGAGUGAACGUCGGCACGAUGUUUGUUGCGAUGGUUCACCUUCUCAAGUAAUGGAAACUACUGCCGACCUACAAGUUUCAGAAAAAUGCAAACACUACAUUCAACUUUAAAUACUGAGCCUUGACGUGUGUUUGUAAAAACAACAGGGGGGCGGAGCCCAGAACAAACAAAGAAAACACCGUCUCCAGAGAGACUGUGAUGACUGCGAAGUUACCUGAAGGCCGCCGUCGUUCUUUGUUUGGGAAAAGGUGAAUUCAGUUGGCUUCAGUCUGCAGCCCCGCCCACUAGAGGUUUUAAGGAGUUACGCCCCGCCCACUAGGAGUUAAAGAGUUACGCCCCGCCCACUAGAGGAGUUAAAGCGCUGCGCCCCCCCCCCCCACUAGAGGAGUUAAACAGUUACGCCCCGCCCACUAGAGGAAUUAAAUAGUUACGCCCCGCCCACUAGAGGCUUCAAGGAGUUACACCCCGCCCACUAGAGACUUUAAAGAGUUACGCCCCGCCCGCUAUAUGCUUUAAUGAGUUACGCCCCGCCCACAAAGCUCCCGUGUGGAUCAUGAACCCGAACUUAAAGUAGAUCCAAUUAUUUAUUCUGUUUUCAGUUUUUUCCCCUGUGUAGGUGAUGCUUGUUCCUCAUUUCGGUGUAUUCUUAUUUAAAGUACCGUUUGUAUUAACACGCUAUGGCUGGUGACCAUACGUACAUCUCAAAUAUUAACAUCGUCCACUUCUUCUUUCGUUUGUUGUUGUUGAGCUAUAAUCUGGUUUUGUAUCCGAUAUCAGCGCCUCGUUGAGGCGAAGCGGCGCAGAAGUGUUUAGUUAAAAACCUCACGUAUAAAGAGGCCGCGCGUUGUUGAUUUAUUAACCCAAUAUAUAGUUUCAUAUUCUGAAGAAAGCAGCUGCUCACUGAGGUUUUUUCUUUUUACUCAAACAAACUGGAGGAAGUCGUUCAGCUCCGGCCGGGGACUAUUUCCAGCGGCGGAAGGAUCCACACGUGGUGACGAUGAUGAGUACAGUGAUGAAGAACAGUGAGACUCAUCCGGGCGUUUCCAUGGAGAUCCGCCAGGCUUCGGGUGCGUUCACUGUCCACUCCUUUGGUGGGAUUCGCUGCCUUCGGCGAUGUGAUCGAAGGGACAAUCGUCGCAGUAUUUUAUUUCGCUGUGACGUCACGCUGGAGCCACAACGGCGCUGAUGCAAAGUUACUAACGUGUGUGUAGAGUUCUCUUCAAACCAAACGCUUCGUUGUUUAGUCUGUUGUUCUGCCGGAAGGCGUCUAACUCCCGCUGCAGUAUUAACACGUAGAGGACGCCAUGAUGUCAUGUACUUUAAAGUGUCUUUAUUUCUGCGGUCCUCGUCGACGUGGGACGGACGUGGGACGCCAAGACUUUCUCUUUUCUUUUUAUUGUUUUGUAAAUUCAGCUGUAACGCUUCUCGUUUUACUCAAAGAGCCGAUGUCCUGUAUUGACUGCAGGCUUACGUAUAUAUUUGACAAAAGAAUAUUGUAUGUUUAAUAAUAAAAAAACUCAAAAAUGACCAAAAAAUUGUGAAAAAGAAGAAAGCGGAGGAGGGGAUUGAAAUAAAGUGUAAUUUAUACUUUGAAUCUGCAUGGGUCGUAUUUAGAAGAACUAAUGGCAGUGCCUUGUUUUGUACUCGAGGGGUAAAAGUGUUUUUUAUACAGACGUCGAAAAGAGAAACCUUUAAAUCACGUUAUUGAUCUUCAUACAGGAAGAAGAACACAGCGGAUAACGUGAGUCAGAGACAAAUACAAAAUAAAUAAGUCUGUCGUCACGGCAACGGUCCGAAACCCCAAACAAUAACGAAUAGUUAGCAAACAUAUGGAGCGUCGAUUUACACUGUUUACACUACACGACUGUUUGUUGUCCUCUUAUGUUGUUGUAAGUUAUUGAUCCGUCAGCAGGAUCGAUAAAUAAUCAUAUUCAUCAAUAUGUGUCUUUUGUUUUCCGUCCUGCUAAUAUCACAAAUACUACACAUACCUUUGUAUAGUAUGUACACCAGGAUCAGCCUCGGGGCGCAGUGGGACUCAUUGGAGGAAAUCCAGAAUUCAGGAUCAGGAUCAAAGUGACAAUUUAAUGAAAAAAGGUUUGUUUUGAUUUAAAAUGUGUAAAUGUGGAGCCGUCGUUCUUCAUAACAUCGGAGGUGAUGUCACGAAACAUCUCUGAUCGACGCGUGUCAUCAGACGUGUGGCGAGUUCUUUGUGUCACGCGUUCUGCAGCACCACGACGAGAACAACAACUUCCUGUAAACAACACAACAAACACAAAGACACACGUCUGUGUUAAUAAACCAGGGGAAGCUGAAA